AUGGUUUCCUCCUUCUGCUGGAGCUGCCUUACGCGGCUUCCUACCGCACCCCGAGCUAUCCUCCCGCCGACAUUAACAGCACAGCGAGUAGCAGCAUUCCACUCGUCAACGCCGCUCCUUGCGGGAGCUAAGAAGAAGGGCGAUUUACCGGUUGCCAAGUAUCGUCAAGCCAAAUCCGCCAAAAUGAAGAAGAAGAAGCCUGUUGAGAAGACGCGUCCUCCGGCUGUCGGAGAACGCAGAGCGCUCCGCAAACGCAUCGUCCUCAGCAACCCUAACGCUCUUGAGAUCGAAGGCAUGCAGGACCUCUCUGCAGAAAACAUGGUGGAUGCGCGCCUUCGUGGCUCCAUUUUGGGUCUUCCUGUGCCCAUGCUCGAUCAAUUGAGGGCUGUUCAGGCCUUCAAGCCCAAGCAGGGCUGGUCCAUAUUCCGUCGGCCGGGAACGGUGGUGAGGCGCGAGACGCUCGAGCUGGGAAGGCUCAUCGACGGUAUCUCCGCUGAGGAGGGUGAGAACAAGGGAAAGGUCGUCAGGAAGAUCCUUACCGGUGUGAAGGGCUCCGGAAAGUCGGUCCACAUGCUGCAGGCCAUGUCUAUGGCUUUCACCAAGGAAUGGGUUGUUAUCACGGUUCCUGAAGCCCAGGACCUCGUCAUUGCCAACACCGCCUACGCACCCCUCUCCGAUGAGAACCCGAACGUCUAUGUCCAGAACGAUGCCACCGCCGCUCUCCUGUCUCGCACGGUCACCGCAAACCAGAAGGUUCUGUCCAAGUUGACCGUCUCCCAGCCCCAUCCCACCCUGAAGACGGCCGUCAAGCCCGGCAUGACCCUCGAGGCUCUCGCCAAGCCCGGUAUCCAGGACCCCGCUGUGGCAUGGAACGUCUUCCAGGCCCUUUGGACCGAACUCACCGCUACCGCCCCGGCCGCCGGCUUCGAGAAGGGCUUCAAGCCCCGUCCUCCCAUGCUCGUGACCCUGGACAACCUGGCCCACUGGAUGAAGGAGACCAAGUACAACAGCAUUGACUGCAAGCCCAUCCACGCCCACGACCUCGUCUUCGUCCAGCACUUCCUCUCCCUCCUGAAGCCCAGCACCGAGGCAGCAAAGCCCUCCCUCCCUAACGGCGGUGUUAUCCUCUACGCCACCUCCGGCUCCAACAGCCCCACCAUCUACGGCUUCGAAAUCGCCCUCCAGCAGCUCGCUGCCCGCCAGGCCGGCGUCAAGCCCUCCUCUCCGGAAUUCCCUCAACCUGACCCCUACCUCAACGCUGACAAGCGCGUCCUCGCUGUCUUCAACGACUCCGCUUCUUCCAAGUCCCCCGCCCCCAAGGACGGCUCUCUCGAGCUCCAGACCAUCGGCGGUCUCACUAGGGACGAAGCUCAGGGCUUCAUGGAAUACUUCGCUCGCAGCGGUCUCCUCCGUGAGAACAUCACCGACGCCUGGGUUGGCGAGAAGUGGAGUCUGGCUGGUGGUGGCGUUAUCGGUGAGCUCGAGAAGCUUGGUAGACGGCUAAGAGUCAUUGCUUAA